AUGGCAUAUUCCCGCCGAAUUUACGGUCGACAAACCCAUAACCUUCGUGCACGUCGACCAUGGUAUGCUGCUGUUCACACCCAGCAGCCUCCAGAAAGUCAGCCCGCCAUCGUCGGCGAUCCGGACGACCUCGAGGGACUAGCAUGGGAGUCCGGAUACAAACUAGGUGGGAUCAAGGACUACCUCAAUUCCGAUCAGCCGGUCUUGGGUCUGCGCGCGUCAACUCCUUCACCGACAAAACAAUUGUAG